AUGGAUAAAGAACAAAUAAUUAUAGAUUUUUCAUCGGAUAUUAAUGAUUUUAAAGAAAAAUUAUUAAACUUAACAUUCAAUUACACAAACUUACAAAAUGAAAAACUCCAGAAACUCUCAGAAUAUUGCAUAGAAUACCAAAGAACUAUAAAUUAUCAAAACAAAAUAAUACAAGAUUUACUUAAAGAAAGACACAAAGAAAUUCAAAAAAUUAAUGAAUAUCAAAGUUACUUGAAAAAUUUACAAUGUCAUAAUGUAUCCCUUGAAAACUUAUGCUUUGAAAAAGAAGAAAGUAUAUUAAUGGACUAUAGUACUUAUAUCAAAACUUUUUGUGAAAAAAAUUGUCAAUAUAAUGCAUUAUUAUUUUUUCUUCAAAGAUAUGAAAAAAUGAAACAUUCUUUGUUGUACUUAUCCAAGAAAUACAGAAAAGAUAAAAAAUUAUGGAAAAAAUAUAUAAAUUCUGAAUUAAACAAAAAACCAGAAAUUUCAGAAUUAUUGAAAAAUGAAAACUUAUCUCUAAGAAGAAAAAUAUCUUUAGAGGAAGCAAAUAUUCAGAAUCCAUUUCUUUUAUCUCCAAUGAAUAGCAUAAAUUUAAGUAUAUCAAAGAUACCUUUAAAAAGUCCUGAACUUUUAAAAUUGACAGACUCUUCAAAAAUUAAUAUAAGCCCUUUGUCACCAACUUUAUCUGAAGAUUCUGAAAAAUGUAUCUUGAAUAAUCAGGAAGAUAUUUCUAUCACUCAAUAUUCAUAUUAUAACGAUUCAACAACAGAAGAUGAAAAUGAAGUACUAAAAUUGUGCCCUAAUUCUAAAAAUCAAGAAUUAAAGACCGAUGAUUUGAAAAUAAACAAAAAAGAAGAAAAACAUGCUUUAUUUCAACCUGUUAUAAUUAACAAUACUUUGAAAAUGAAAGAUAAUUUAUCUUGUGUUAAAAAAGAUGAAAGUAGUCUUUCAAAAUGUUUUCCUAAAGAAGAUACUCAAUUUUCUCAAAAUGCAAUUGAAAAUUCUUACACAAAAUCAUUAUUAAUUAAUAAUCAAAGCACAAUAUCACAUAUAUCUAAUUUUUUAUUAACAUUUAAAGAAAAUUCUAAAUCCAUAUGUCAAAAUAAUAAUCCAUACUAUGAAAAAGAAGAUGACAAAGAAAAUGUUCCAUUUAAAGUUGUUUCUAUUUCUGAUGAAUCUCGACCUUCAAUUUUUAGUAUUACUGAAUUGUUAGUUGACGAUGCUAAUGAUUUUAAAAAAAGCAAUAACUCUACAGAUAUCAGCGAUUUAACAUCAUCCUUAUUAGAAAAGAAAAAUUAUUCAAUACAAACGAAACUAUUUGAAGAAAAAAAAAGCCCACAUGACAAUUCUAUUAUUAAGGAAGAUAAUGUUGAUAUUAAAACAGAUUUAAAACGUCGAUUUUCAUUUGAAUAUGAUGAAAAUAAAAAAUUACAUAAGAAUUUUAAAUUUAUUUCUAAUUUAAAUUCCAGUACUAAAGGUUUAGGAAGAUAUUCAAGAGCUUUUAAAGGUACAAAAGAAUGUUUAGGUGAUUAUAUUAUCAAUUUGGAUAAAAAUAACAAUAUUCCAUAUGCUUAUGACGAGGUAGUUAGAGGAAAAGAGCUAAGAAAACAUCUUCCUGCUUGUGCGUGUGACAAUUGUAUUAAGUUUUUUGAAGCACAUGGUCCCAUUGCUACAAUUCCAAAGCCGAAAUGGAGAUCACCUUCAAGAGAAAAAAUGUAUUUAGAAUCAGACAAAAAACAUAUUUAUGAAAAUCUUCAGCAAGUUUCUAGACAUAGAGCAGCUUUUUUUCGAGCAAAAACACCUCCUGGGUUCUGGGAAUCCGACUUCCCAAGUACACAGCAAGAACAAGAUUACAGAAAACAAGCAGAAAUACAAAAGUAUGAAAGACUUAAAGAACGAAAGUUUGAAGCAGAAAGAGGAGGAAGAUGGAAGAAGCGAAUAUAA